AUGAAGGCCUGGAGUAACUACCAUAAGGCCUGGGCCUGGAGUAACUACCAUAAGGCCUGGAGUAACUACCAUAAGGCCUGGAGUAACUACCAUAAGGCCUGGAGUAACUACCAUAAGGCCUGGGCCUGGACUAACUACCAUAAGGCCUGGAGUAACUACCAUAAGGCCUGGAGUAACUACCAUAAGGCCUGGAGUAACUACCAUAAGGCCUGGGCCUGGAGUAACUACCAUAAGGCCUGGAGUAACUACCAUAAGGCCUGGGCCUGGAGUAACUACCAUAAGGUCUGGGCCUGGAGUAACUACCAUAAGGCCUGGUCCUGGAGUAACUACCAUAAGGCCUGGAGUAACUACCAUAAGGCCUGGAGUAACUACCAUAAGGCCUGGAGUAACUACCAUAAGGCCUGGACUAACUACCAUAAGGCCUGGAGUAACUACCAUAAGGCCUGGACUAACUACCAUAAGGCCUGGAGUAACUACCAUAAGGCCUGGAGUAACUACCAUAAGGCCUGGAGUAACUACCAUAAGGCCUGGAGUAACUACCAUAAGGCCUGGAGUAACUACCAUAAGGCCUGGACUAACUACCAUAAGGCCUGGAGUAACUACCAUAAGGCCUGGACUAACUACCAUAAGGCCUGGAGUAACUACCAUAAGGCCUGGAGUAACUACCAUAAGGCCUGGAGUAACUACCAUAAGGUCUGGGCCUGGAGUAACUACCAUAAGGCCUGGAGUAACUACCAUAAGGCCUGGGCCUGGAGUAACUACCAUAAGGCCUGGAGUAACUACCAUAAGGCCUGGGCCUGGAGUAACUACCAUAAGGCCUGGAUUCAAUGUGAGCUGAUCAGUGUGAUCACCAUCUCAGUCCCUCGUCUUGCUCAUCCAGACCUGGUCAAUAUCUCAGCUUUGUUACAAACGACAUCGCAGGAUAUGUCAUGUGUUGCUUUUUCAACGUGUCAAUACAAAACCGAGGAUUAUCUGUCAAAGCACAUCAGUGACUACAAUUGUGAUUUUUGUUUUGUUCUUCGUUGUCUCGGUUAAGGAUAUCUGCAACGUUUGUCUCUGUUUGAUUAGCUCAGUUAGAAGUUUGACACUUGAAGACAGCUGAUUGGUUAUCGGUUGAGAGUAAAGAGCAUUGGACAUGUGGUAGUGGAGUCGAGUGGGUAUUUGUUGGUUCGAAACGGAAACUGAUAUUCAAGCUAUUAAAUAUUAAUGUUUAUUGUCAUGAUAUACCAUAGAACCACACAGAGAGGUAGAGUUAGAGAUGCCAGAGAGAUGCCAGAAAGAAGUUGAGAAUGGGACUGACAUUUGCGUUUCCCAAACGGCAGCCUAUUCCCUAUGUAAUGCACUACGUUUGACCAGAGCCCUAGAGGUAGUGAACUAUAUAGGGAAUAGAGUGCCAUUUGAGAAGUAAACAUGCAGAGGGUGCGUCACAGAAGCUGCUGGAAGGCGUUAGUGCAAGACGUUGUUGCCUUUACGUUGCCAAUACGGUGCCUAUAGAUUGCAAAAAGUUGCCUAGAAGCUGCCUAUACGUUGCCUAUACGUUGAAUAUAAGCUGCCUAUAUGUUUCCUAUGCGCUAACUCUAAGUUGCCUAUACGUUGACUAUACGUUGACUAUACGUUGCCUAUACGUUGCAUAUACGUUGCCUAUACGUUGCCUAUGCGUUGCCUAUACGUUGACUAUACGUUGACUAUAAGCUGCCCACCCAAACAUGCCAUAUACAACAGCCAGGUUCUGCCUUUUGAAGUUGAGAUAAUAUAUUUAUCAGUUAUUUCAAGUGAUGUGUACAUAGUUAUAUUGAUAUAUAGUUAUAUUGAUAUAUUGAUAUAUAGUUAUAUUGAUAUGUUGUGUUAUGUCUGAUGUCAAAAGAUUUGUCAAUGUCAAAGAAUUAGAUCGAAAACGUAUCACAAUUGUGAUCUUUACUUUACUAAGAACUGUAAAUAAUUUAUUUUAAUGAAAAUAUUUCUGAUGAUCCAACACAAUAAUUCAACCUCAAUGAUUCAACCCAAUGAUUCAACUCUAUGAUUCAACCUAAUGAUUCAACUCUAUGAUUCAACCUAAUGAUUCAACUCUAUGAUUCAACCUAAUGAUUCAACCCAAUGAUUCAACCCAAUGAUUCAACCUAAUGAUUCAACUCUAUGAUUCAACCUAAUGAUUCAACCUAAUGAUCCAACCCAAUGAUCCCAACCCAAUGAUUCAACCCGAAUGAUUCAACUUAAUGAUUCAACCUAAUGAUCCAAUCUAUGCAUUUUGUCCCUUGAUUUUGAUUUGUGUUGCUAUUCUAUAAUUUUUAUUUUUAACACUUUAUUUGGCCCGAAGACAGACGUGUUUUAUUGUAUCAUAGAGCUGUGAAAUAUUAUGGUAUAUUGUUAUGUUGUUGUCAGAAUGAUUGUAUGUUUUAAUCAGUUAUA